UCUUUAACUUCAGGAAGUCCCUAAAUGUAUAUUUCACCCAUUUAGAGAACUUGGAUGGCUUUCCAAGAUUACCCAAAGCCUGGUGUCCCACAUUAUCUGUCAUAUUUGAUAAAGUGGGACAACUAGAAAAUGUUUGAAAAAGACCAGAACUCAAACACAAUUUCAACAACUCAAUGCAUAUUGUGUUGCUUGAAUACAUCACAAACAUAAUUUGAUAACAAUUAGGAACAUUGUCUUAUUCAUGACGGACCUAUAUCCUUAACAUUAAUCUUGUCAGAAUCCCAUGUCAAUCAUGUUCUGAUUGACAUUGCACCCCCCCCCUUUGCUGUGACAUUACCCCCAUGAAGUCAAGUGAUUUCAGUCACAUGUUAUCAAUGCUAACAUACAAUAAAAGUCCUGUUGACUAGAUCUUUUUAGAACUGGAAAUAAACAGACUAAAGCUUAGGUGUCCCACAUUACCCAAUGUCCCAGAUCACCCAAAUUCACCCCUACCUGGGAGCAUGUUGACCAAGAACAUUUUGGAGGUUGCUGAAAACAAUUAGAUUUUUUUGCAGGAAUGUGAUACUAUUUUAAACCAUGUCGAUGUAGAAUGGUCACCUACUACUAUCACUAUUAUGACCAGAUAAAAAAAAAUAGUGCUUGUAAAGUAGGCCUGGAGAUGCAUGAAACCAUACUAAGGUGGAGUAACAACGUAAAUGUACUUUGCUAAAUCCCACCACUGUCUUUUACUUUAGAUUUAAGACUUUAGACUUCAUUGACACCUGGGGGGAAUUUGUUUUUUUACGGUCAUUUCAGUAAAAUCAACACAAAAGGACAAUUUUGCCCAUUUCUUAAAUAAAGUGCAAAAGCAGCCAAUUCCUGUUGUCACUAGAUUGCACUGUGACAGAUGUUGUCAUGCAGAUGCGUUGUUUGUAUUCAGUCUAUCGUUCAGGCUGAAACUCUCACUGGACAUGUUUGAAGAAACCUAGUAAAACUGGUUGGCCUUGUUGGGUCGGGAGGUGUGUCCCAUUUUUUUCAGUUUUCAAGUGGCAGGACAAAAACCGGGACAACAAGAGACUCAGUCCUGGUACUCUGAGCAAAGAUGAUAGGAUCUUCCAGUAAAACUCAGUGCCUGGCAAACUUAGCUACUGUUGGCCUUAUCUGCUGCGUUAUUUCUUUAUUUGUAUAUUUUGAGCCUCAAUCCCCUUUGUGUCCAAUUACAUCUACAUUGGGUAAUGGAAAAGUUAAUGAAGAGCCACCAGCUGAAAAGCCCAUCGUCCUGCUGUGGUUCUGGCCUCUUGGUGUGAGGUUUGAUUUCCAAAUCUGCUCAAGCUACUUCAACAUUGAUAGCUGCAUUCUGACUGAUGACAGAUCAUUGUAUAGCCAAGCAGAGGGAGUCAUCUUCUACCAUAAAGAAAUAAACUGGGGUUUGGAGAACUUGCCCAAGGAGCCACGUCCACAUUUUCAGAAGUGGAUUUGGUACAAUGUGGAAUCUCCCACGAACACGGAGAAAAAAACAGGUCUGGAAAACCUGUUCAACUUAACACUGAGCUACAGGCGAGACGCUGACAUCACAGUGAGGAAUGAGGUGACGAUCAAGGAAACGGAGACAAAGGAGGAAUUUGUUCUGCCCAAGAAAGACAAACUGGUUUGUUGGGUUGUCAGUAACAACAACCCAGCUACUGGAACAGCUUCGAGAGAGAAAUUUUACAGAGAACUGUCCCAACACAUAAAGGUUGAUGUCUUUGGUGUUGCUUUUACCGGGCACCCGUUAGAAUAUGAAAUGUAUUACCCAACUCUCGCGAGUUGUAAGUUUUAUCUCUCAUUUGAGAACUCGCUCCACAAGGACUACAUAACGGAGAAGGUCAACGGGCCCCUCAUAGCAGGGACUGUCCCUGUAGUUCUGGGUCCACCAAGAGAAAACUACGAGCAGUUCCUUCCCAAUGGUUCCUUCAUUCACGUAAAUGAUUUCGCUGAUGCUAAAGGACUGGCAGAGUUUCUGCAACACCUCGACACGGAUCAUGAAGCAUACAUGAGUUACUUUGAGUGGAGAAAGUACUAUGAAGUCACUGCUCAUCUUUUAUCAAUGAACAAUGAAUUCAUUCAUCCCGUCUGCCUCGCCUGUGACCACAUCUCAAAGUACAAAGAAUACCAUGUUAUCAAUGAUCUUUAUGGGUGGUACUUUUCAUGAAAACUAAAAAAACAAAGACCAGCUUCCUAUUUCAUGUUCUCUAUUGUCUUUCCUUGUUCUUGUCUUUGCACUUGGCACAUUUGUAGUGUCAUUUCCAGGAUGAUUUUGCAUUUCUCAAUCUGGAUGCUCUGAAAUCAUCACAAACAGUUUUAUAACGUAUGAGCAUCAAUUGUCAAUCUGCCCAACUGCACAGUAGAGCAUUGAUUUGUCAAAUUAUUGGAUGGGGCAUCAGUCAUAUGGACCCAGAAGAAUAUUUACACAUAACACCUCCAUUGCCAGGUGCUCUUGACAGAGGUACGGUCAAUACAUUUUUUGCAAUUUUAAAUUCUGUGACUUAUUCUGAUUUCUGUUUAGCACAUUAGAUCAACAUAUUAUACUUUUCUGUAAUCCUUAAGAUGUUUAUUAACCACACCAGAAGAAAGCAUGGAGAUAUCAUACUCAGAGGAGACAUGACGCAGCUUUUAGUGUUCUUGGUGCCAAAAGAGAAAAUUCGAUCAUCUGUCACUUUAACAAAAGCCUAAAUCAACCUUGUUUUAUGCAGUUUUUAAAAAGCAUUAUGAAAAGAAGGACAUAAAGCUGAAUAAUAAAAUGUAUAUUAUUCACAGAAAUGUCAUUAAUUAAUAUUAACGUGUAAAAGUCCUAUUUAUUUUUAUAAAGAAUCCCAUCUUAAAUAAAGAAACUAUAAUAUUAAUUUUAAA